CCGGGGGCCGAGUCUGGGACAGCAUCCGGUCGAAGACUUGGACUAGUUAUUCAAUUGAUGGAUCGUGCCAUCUCUUCUGGUGGAGAUGGUUGGACUGACCGGAUGACGUCUGUAUGAACAUGAUGUUCAUUAAGAGCCAUCAUAAUAAAAUGUCGCAGGCCAUUGCUCUCUUACCUACUCAUCAAACGUUUUCGGUUUUGCUUCAAGCUGUGUGAGACAGGAAUUCACCUCUUAGCUGUUUGCUAAUAUGGGUUCGAUCCCCAAAACAGGGACGCGCACCCAACUGGACAAGGAAAUCGAGGCUUUCCUGUCAAAGAACCCCGAUCUUCAUCUCGGUUCAACAGACUUCACCCACGAGCGUCAACAUCACACACGCGUAUUUGGCUUCCAUGCCCUGCCCGAAGAGCAGCGCGCCCCGAUAGGACACGUUGAGUUCGUCACCCUCCGCGGUCCUUACGGCACGAUCCCGGUUCGCGUGUUCUACCCGGAAUCUGGGGAGGACAGAACACGCGCUGACGAUGCCGCUGCACUUGUCUAUUUCCAUGGAGGAGGUUAUACUAUUGGAACGGUAGACGAAUUCGAGAAUGGCUGUCGCAUUCUGGCCGAAGAGGCCGGCGUGCAAGUCUACGCGGUCGAAUACAGAUUGUCUCCUGAAUGGAGAUACCCAACACAGCUGGAUGAAUAUGACUUCGUGGUUGACUGGUUGCAAGGUCAGGGCGGAAAAGAAAUGGGUGUCAGUCCAGACAGAGUGAUGGGCGGCGGUGACAGUGCAGGCGGAAAUAUGACUGCCAGCUUAUGUUUGCGACGACUGGAUCAAGGCAAAAAGCCUCUUCAUGCCCAAUUUCUCUUAUAUCCGGAGACAAGGCUACCAUUUGAUACGUCGGCUGCAGCAGAGAAUACUGGCGGACCGUAUCUAGAAUGCAAUGGCAUUUUCGCUUUUGCAGCUCACUACCUUCCUCGUGGAGGCUCUGUCGCUCCUUCGCACCGCUACAUAACGCCCGGUUCGCAGCCUUCUUCGGCACUGAAGGGACUCCCACCAGCUGCCGUCUUUACCUGUGGCUUUGACUGCCUUCGUGAUGUUGGAAUUGAAUAUGCAUCGACCCUUAAAGAUGCGGGUAACCAGAUUAUCUGGCAUCAUUUCGAUACCCUGUGUCAUGGAUUCCUGCAAAUGGCGCCUUGGAGCAAGCAAGCGCUGGCGGCAACGAAGCAAGUCGCCUUGGAGAUGAAGCGACUGGGGUAUUCUUAAUACGGCCUAUGAACUCUUCCGCCGUCGAAAAGGAUAUCGCGUAAAUUAUCGACGUGUUUACAUAUCUUUUCUUUUAAAUAGGUCUCUUUUUUCUAUGUAGACAGCCGAGCCGUCACGCGGAUUUGCGCGGCAUGAAUGAACAAGCAUAUGAAGUUCAAAUACUACCCGUGAAAUGUAAGGAUUACAUGUAAAAAUGCCCCUGUUGAUGUUAUCUUUGUGUGCAUCUCGAC